GGGGGGGGAAAAAGGAAUAUAUAUAUAUAAAAAAAUUAAGGGAAAAGGAGCGAAAAGAAAAUUCAAUGAGAAUAUAAAACGCCAAAGGGGUUAAAAUUGGCUAAAAGCGGCGGAGGCGGCGGAGGGGGGAGAGAGAAGGGAGAAGAGCGGUUAAUAAUAAAUAUCAGGCCGCAAGGAUGAGAGUGAACCUCGGCGACCGUUAGGGAAGGGGGAGUGGAAGUGGAACGGAGCCGGGCCGAGCCGAGCCAUGCCAUACCCUGCUGCAAAUCAAGGAUCUCUGCAGCCCCAGACACAAAAACAUUAUGGUAUUACAUCUCCAAUUAGUUUGGCUUCGCCAAAAGAAAAUGAUUAUGUGCUUACUCAGAAACUUAUUGAAGCAUUGAAACCUUUUGGAGUCUUUGAAGAGGAAGAGGAGCUGCAGCACAGAAUUGCAAUUCUCGGAAAACUAAAUAGCUUAGUUAAAGAGUGGAUUCGGGAUACCAGUGAAAUUAAGAACCUUCCUCCAUCAGUAAUAGAGAAUGUUGGUGGGAAAAUUUUUACAUUUGGUUCAUACCGAUUAGGAGUGCACACAAAAGGUGCUGAUAUUGAUGCUCUAUGUGUUGCACCGCGCCACAUUGAAAGAAUUGACUUCUUCACAUCCUUCUGUGAAAAGCUGAAGCAGCAAGAUGAAGUGAGGAAUUUAAGGGCUGUUGAAGAAGCUUUUGUGCCAGUAAUUAAACUAUCCUUUGAUGGUAUAGAGAUUGAUAUUUUGUUUGCAAGAUUGGCACUUCAGACAAUCCCUGAAGAUUUGGACCUUCGAGAUGAUGUGCUGCUUAAAAACUUGGACUUGAGAUGCAUUAGAAGCCUUAAUGGUUGCAGAGUCACCGAUGAAAUAUUACAUUUAGUACCAAACAUUGAAAAUUUUAGGCUGACAUUGAGAGCAAUUAAAUUAUGGGCAAAACGCCACAACAUUUACUCUAACAUAUUAGGCUUUCUGGGUGGUGUGUCAUGGGCCAUGUUGGUGGCAAGAACAUGUCAACUGUACCCCAAUGCUGUUGCUUCCACCCUAGUACACAAGUUCUUCUUGGUGUUUUCAAAAUGGGAAUGGCCUAAUCCCGUCUUGUUAAAGCAACCUGAGGACUGCAAUCUGAAUCUACCAGUGUGGGAUCCACGGGUUAAUCCAAGUGACAGAUACCAUCUCAUGCCAAUUAUCACACCAGCCUACCCACAACAAAACUCUACAUACAAUGUCUCUGCAUCCACGCGUGCAGUGAUGAUGGAAGAGUUUAAGCAAGGUCUUUCGAUUACAGAUGAAAUUUUAAUGGGUAAAAUGGAGUGGUCCAAACUCUUUGAAGCUCCAAACUUCUUUCAGAAGUACAAGCAUUACAUUGUGCUGCUGGCAAGUGCCCCAACGGAAAAACAGCACUUAGAAUGGGUGGGCUUGGUGGAAUCCAAAAUCCGAAUCCUGAUUAGCAGUUUAGAAAAGAAUGAGUUCAUUACUCUGGCUCACGUUAAUCCACAAUCAUUCCCAGCUCCCAAAGACAAUCCUGAGAAGGAUGAAUUUAGCACAAUGUGGGUCAUUGGGAUAGUCUUUAAGAAAGUGGAAAAUACUGAGAACCUGAGUGUUGACCUGACUUAUGACAUUCAGUCAUUCACAGAUACUGUUUAUAGGCAAGCAAUGAACAGCAAAAUGUUCGAAGCAGAUAUGAGGAUUGCAGCAAUGCAUGUGAAAAGGAAACAGCUCCAUCUGCUUCUCCCCAGUUAUGUUCAACAAAAAAAGAAAAAGCAUUCAUUGGAGGGGAACAAAGCCAACUGUGAAGAUGAAAAUAGCAUGGAGGCCUCUCUGGAUAGUGACCACAGCCUGCUAGUGCCUUCUAGUCCAUUACAGAAUGCCAACAGCCCGCAGAGUCCUGUUACUGCUGCAUUGACAAGCGUUCAGAAUUCAGAAGUCCAGGUGGAAUCAGAGACUAGUCCUUCCAAAAGAAAUUCCAUUCCCAGCUCAGGGGGCUCAUCUUCAUCAUCCAGUGAACACAUUCCUCAGGCCUCUCCCACACCUUCUACUGCACAGCCAAAGUCAGCAAUCAACUGGGUUUUGUCUACGUGUGUCAGCAAUCAGUCUCCAAGUGCAGCCACAAAAGGAUCCAGCCCUGUUAUCUCUGGGAGAAAAAGACCGGCAUCACCACUUACAAAUGAAUCCACAAAGAACGAGGAGCCUGCAAUGAAUGGUGUAACAAUGGAUCAAAAUUCAUCACAAAGCUUGAAGAGAGCAUCUGCACAGACAUCUGAAGUUUCACCAAAGAGAAAGAAACUGGAUGGAUCUGUCCCUCUGAAGGAACAGGGUGACUGUUCAAGAAGUCCCACCAGUGAGAAAAAAUUGGAUGAAAAUAUGAAGGAAGUUGAGUCUGAAGAAAAGCUGACACCAAUCCCAUCUAAGGCUUCUGCCUCACAGGAACCAACGAGCACAGAACUUUCUGAUGUCUCUUCUCUUCCUGUGAACCCUGUUCCAGUAGUUAAAAAUUCGAUAAAGCUGAGGCUGAAUCGGUAGAACUGCUACCACUCCCGGGGCCAUUGAACACAAAAAUAACCAGGAGGCACACACAUAUAUGCACGCACGCACGCACACACACACGCACACGAGCACACACACACGAAAACAAAACACCUACCGGAAGAGUCAUCUGAUCGCUGGCUACAGCUUCCUCUGUGGAAACGUUUUAAAAAGUUCUUUGAAUGCAGGUGAUCGUGGUAUAUGGUGAAGUUGGACGAUAAAGGCUGUAGAUUUUUUUUUAAAACAUGUCCUACAAGACUUGAUCAUUGUUGAAUCUGGAGUCUGGUAGAACUCGACCAGUGAUGAUGAUGCACUGCGGACUGACUGGUCAUGCAGGGAGUGCAUCUUGGCGGAGUACUGCUGAUGUGUUGGCAACAGUUAUGUUAGUUGAAACCGUUUUUUCUGAGAACUUUUCUUUUUCCUGUUAUCUUUGCUCUUAAACUGCCUUGCAAUUGUGAAAAGAUUUUAAAAAUUUUUGUUGACCAAUUGUUCAGUCAUAUGGGCAUUAUUUGUAAAUUUAGGUUAGUGAUGGUAUUGAGAAAGAUUUAAUAUUGAAGGACUCUUGUACCAGACCAUGCCAUUAUUGAUUUCAGGGCACUUAAUCUAUGUGAUCCAGCUGUUUCUUUUCUUCCUAAUACCAACUAAAAAUUCAGAUCUUUGUUUCUGGGGCAUCUUACGACCUGGAAAGGGGCAGUAGCUUCUGAGAAUUUUUUUCCCAGUUGCUUCCAUUGUUUUUGUGCUGCUUUUUGAUCAUUAGAUAUUAAUUUGACUACCUACUUCUAGUUUAUGCCACUAUCAGGGACUGUUCGGGACUUAUUUUGCUUCAGAACUAAAUUCAGGAUGGUGGAUGACAUGUGAGGACACUGGACAUUUCCUUUUGGAGCUGGUUUCAAAUCAAGCCUACGUGGGUGGGAUUUAAUAUCUGCUACCACUGGGAUGAGUUACUGCUUUAAAAUGUUAAAUCAGUUCCCUGUCGAUUUGAAAUCCAGUGUAAAACUCAUCCAUAUUUGACAUUGAUUGAAUUCAUCUAUAUUUACAUUGAUCAAAACUCCUAGGUGAUUUGCUCCUGCUUGGGAAAAGCAGACUGUGUGCUUUGCAUGGCUUAUGGGUUUACAAACUGCAUGGCCAUUAUGCAUCCAUGAAGCAUGGCAAUGUGGGUUUAGAACUCCCUUCAUAUUUAGCUAGGAAUCUGGCUUUUGUCUUGUACCGUUGUUUACAUUGACCCAUUUGACCCUGGAGUGACUGUUACCAUUGGGCUGACAAGUUUUUUUUCCUAGCAUUUGCAAUUCCAUUUACGUACCCCCAGUGUACAAGCAAAUAACUUCCUUUCCCAAGAGCUGCCAUUAGAAAUACAUUAAAAAAUUAAAAUCUCCUUUGGAUCAGUACAAAAAGAAGGCAUUUUUUUGCUGGUCCUCCAAUAUAUGUCACUUUUAAAUCCCUCUAGAACGGAUGAGGAUAGAUAUUCUCCAGGCAUGUGAUGUAAAUUGGAAUCUCUGUAUAACCAAUGUCCACUUUUAAUUGUGUUUCAAAACUAACUGAAGGAAAAUCUUUUUGGUGCUUUAUGGUUUGGGAUUUGUUAUGACAACAUGAGAUAUGCAUGGCAACAUGUUCAGAAAACUGAUUCUUCCCUAAAAUUAAUGCAGACAGGCCAGAAAUUACCUUAACUCUUAAGUGUUACAUAAUUUUUUUGGUAAGUCCAGCUAGCGCGUGUAGAAGCAAAUUAUAGAAGAGCUGCUUGCUGGACUGCGCAAGCAGGCUGAGAAUCUGUCACGUGCAGUUAUUUAAAAAAAAGAACACGUGGUUCAAAUUUUGACACACUGAAAUUUGAGCCAAUUAACAUAAGUUAAUGGCUCAGUCCAUAGCCAUUUCACUCAGAAGAGUCAAUCUUUUUUAAACAGAUAUGAAUACAUCAUCUGCUGGUGGGUAGGGGUCAAAUCCUAUAGUUCUCCAUUGUGUAACUUCUUGAGUUUUUAAAGAGGUGGUGGAGGAUUUCCUCUGGGAAUUGAAUUCUUUGUGCUUGCAUAGACUUGAAUAAUUCCUGAAAAUAUUUUUCAACAAUUUAUCACAAAAAGAAGAGUUUGAGUUAAAAUGUAAACUUUUGGCUAUGGGAAAGCGCUUUCAGAAGUACAAAUAAUAUUUGAUUGUUUUAAUUUACUAAAUUUAAAUAGUUUAAAUGUGCCUCCCCAUUGCGCCCCUCCCCCCAAAAUAAAACACCACAAAAGUGUCUAAAACUUGAUCACCAGCUGAAAAAGUAAACAUUUUCAAAUCCAAUUAAGCCUGAAAUGUGGGUAAUUAAAUCUUCCCAUGUGACCAGCUGGAAUUGGGAGAAGAAUGGAGAGUUGCAUUUGAAAUAUUAACUUUUUAUGUUGAAUGUACAUGCAUGCAUUUCGCUCUUGGGUCCUGUAGAUGACCUGUUCUUUUUCCUGUUCCUAGAAAGCAUUUCUAAUUGUGAAAUGGUUGACCCACUCUGGCAGAGCUGAACUAUGUAUCCAUGCAAAAUAUGUAAACUCAAUUGUCUGUGCUCUAUUAAGUUCAUUUAUUUUUUCAGGAGUUUCAGAUAUAUUCAAGUCCCUCUUAACAUCGGAUGUACUGUAAAUUGUUAGUCUGUUUAACAAAUCACCAAGUAAUUUACCAGGAGGAUCUCCCAGAAACUUCCAGGCUUUCAUUUUGAAGUGUACUGUCAUACAAAUUUCUCUUUUCCCACGUUAUGAUACUGCAAAGAAUUUGACAUUUUAGGGGGAGAAACAUCUUAUGACAAUUAAAAAGCCAUUGCAACAUCAGUGGUAAUCAACCAAUGCAGGCUGUGCAGGAAAAAUAAAUUUGUUUGUAAUUUUGCCUGCCUCACAACCCCGUUUUGGAUAUCAAAGUAUUGGCUAUGACUACUGAUUAACUUCAGUUAUAUAAAUUGUUCUGUUUACAAAGAAGCAGUUCUAAUAAUUUUAAAAAAUAGACUUGUUUCAUUUUCAGCACCUUUGUUGGUAAGAAGGGAUUGGGGAGAUGGGGAAGACUCUGUAAUCGAGGUAAAAAGAAUUGUGAUUUCCCCUUACAGUGGACCUGCCUUUGAACUGGUGUUCUUUGAAGCUCUUUGCCUAUGCUUUCUUGUAGUGUUGUGUGUUCAUUAUAACAGACCAGGCCACUUUGAAAAUUGAUUAAGCGAGGAACCGUUGCAGGGUAAGAAAGUGAGUUCUCAGUAUGAAAGCCUGUUUUGGCCAUUGUAGAAAAAGGGACAUUUCUUUUAAAUGGGUUUCUUGUGGUAGAGAAUAAAUGCAGCUGAUUCCUGCUUCAAAGCAUUGGAAAGAAAAUUAAUAAUCCUGUUCUUUCCCAUCCAAGGAGCUACCCCAACAAUUGCAUGUCUGUAGUAGGGAAAGAAUUAUCCCAAUUAAUUUUACAUAAGAGAAAUGAAAUGUAUACUGACGAACCAUGAAAGUGCUUGCAUAGUAGAUUGUAGUAUAUAUUGUGAUGUCUGAUUUGAAUUUCAUUUUGCUGAGCAUUUAUUUAAAACCACUUUGAGUCUUUGGGGAGACAUUGAUAACACAGAUAUCUCAGAAAUUGUCUUGUUUUUAAUGCCAAUAUCCCAAGAAAUUGGGUUGAGGAGGAAAAACCUUGAACAGAUCUAAGAUAUGCAGCUUAUAGCAGAGAGUAACUUUUUGCCAUAUAACUGGUACAAUACACUUCUACUGCCAGUGUCGUCUCAUUUGAGUUAAGUUAUGAAAUACACUUUUACUGUAAGCGUGCAUUUGCAUCACAGGGUCCAGGAACGCUAAGGUUCAUUCUUGCUGGUUUGUAUAAUAUGGAUAUAUAUAAGGCUGAUUUGCCCUUCCCAUUAAUUAAUGGAAUACUCUUAAGUUUACUCCCUCUUGGGUACAUUAAAAAUAUAGAAAAAAAUUGUAGAAUGGAACUCUUUCAUUUCUUCCCCUCCCCCCCACCAACCUCCACCUCCAACCCCAGCCAAAUAACUUUAUUCCAAACAUUCCUAUUAAGAAAAUAUUAAAGUUGUAUCUGCCCACCCUGGUUGACCGGAACAUUUCUUUAAUGUGCUAACAGCAUUAACCCGUUUUUAGGUUUGCAGUAGGUGACUAGGUGGGAAAUUGGCCCGUUGAACUCCAUAAGACUCCUUUUAAUAUGGCAGCAACAGGUUAUAUGAAAGCUGCUCAAUGGUGCUAGUUACAAUAUCUGCCUGGGGCUUUCAUGAGUGCUCUGUUUCAAUGUGUUUAAGCCAACUAUGUUUAAUGAAACUUUUGACUGUGUUGCUUCUGUUUUGAAUGCUUUUGUCCACUGAUGGUUCCAUUGCCACACUGCAUGAAUAAUGGUUAUAAAACAGUUCCCACCGUUUUGAAAAAAAAUUUCAUGUGAAUGAAUUGGUGCUGGACUGACCUGUUCCCAUUUAACAGGAUGAUCAUUAACUGGCUUUUACUGAAUCAAAGUUUUUAAAACAUCAAAGAUUUCGCAAUUGUCACUCUCUUCAGAAAUCAAAAAGUUUGUUUACCUGCCUGAAUGUGAAAUCAAGCUAUUACAGACUGUGGUUGGGCAGGUUAUUUGUGGACAAGCAAGAAUUGAAAAAGCUUCAAUGUGAAUGCACCUAUUGUUCUGCCAAGAUGAGUGCUAAACUAUUUUAUUUUUUCAUUGUUGGUGAACUUGUCAUAGUUUUCUCUUCCUCACAGUUUAACUGUUGCUUUCGCAAGCUGUACUCUGCGGCUCACAGAUGGAGUUCUGUUUUUUUCAUAGUGUCUGUACACUAGUAAUUUUCAGAAGCUAUUUUGUAUAGAGAUGUAUUUCUUCAUUUAAAAUAAAAAAAAAUAAAAAUGCAGCACAAAA